UAUCCGAGUUAUCCGUCUGUUCAUUCCGCGUUUGUCCGCCGUUCUCUGCCGUACGCUGUUAUUUUGCCGUUACUGAUAUCGCGCGUCCGUUCAAGUUUUCGGUGUUUGUUUUCGUUUGUUGCCUUGUUGGCCACGUAAAACCGACACGAACGAUCGAUCGUCAUUCGUCACUUUCACUUUCUUUCUGCCUUACGUUUUUCACAUUUUUCCCGACCGUCCGUCUCCGUUGCUGCUGCACAAAACCAUCGGCUGAAAAAUCGUCGACCCCGCGCGAACAGUCCGUCGCGUACUUGCGCCGUUUCCCGUUCGGCGUACAACAAAAAGAUUAUUUUCCAUCGUCAUUAUGUCCACCACGCCAAAGUCUUUGCCCGAGGAAUCGCUUGGCGAAUCUUGGGUUGAUAUCACUAGCUGCGCAUCACCGAUAUCUUUCCAGAGCGCCGACCGUGUCACUCCAGUGCCGUUCAUAUCGUCCGGCGAAGAAUACCUGAGAUUGCUGAAAGAGGCUCAAAGAGAGAGCAACUCUUCGUCUAGAGUCUUAUCCAAAGAAUCGUCCAUAAAGGGCAGUCCAAAAUCACCACCAAACAGUCCAAACAACGAAUUGGAAGACGAUCUCAGGGGAGUGUACAUAAAUUAUUCAAACAAAGGUGGAGAAUUGUACAACUUGGAUAAGAGUACUGAUUGGAUAUGGGAUUGGAGUAGCCGACCAGACCAGGCACCUCCCAAAAACUGGAAAUUCAUUCAUCCCAAGAAGAAGACAUACAGUAUGCGCAAUGCCAAGGUUGGCAAAGAUGGUCUCUUUUCCAAAGAAGUUUUGUACACUUUGUUCCUGACCAAUAUUUUAUCCAUACUGCUGGGAGCUGGUGUUGGUGCCUGGCUUUGUAAACGAGGCGGUAUUAUGAUGUCUAGAGUGACUUUGGAAUAAACUGUCUGUGGAACGUAACAUAUGCACAUACACAUGCACAAAAAAAAAACAAGAAUAAAUGUUGUCAAUUCGUUGUCUUUUUAAGUCUGAAAUUCAAAAAUGCAUGUUCAUUAUUUUCAAAAACAACCCUCAAAAUAUUCCUUUUUGUAAUAUUAUAUUUAUGAUAAUAUAGCUUAAGUUUUUAUUAACUUUAAGAUGAUAAUUAUUAAUUUGACACAUUAGAUUAAAUAUGUCUAAUAUUUAUUAUUAUAAUAUUCAAUUUAAUCAACAAAAACUUUGCAGAUAAAUUUUGUUUGGUACUCUUGAUUACAUUGAUCCUUUUUAAUUUAAGAAUUUUUCUUAUUAUAAAUAAAAACUUGGCAAGUUCUAGUAUCUCUGAUUAUGUUAAAAAUUGUGCAUGUAUGUACUCAAAAAUAAUGUAUAUCAUUAUUGUUAUUAAAUAUAAUAAUACAAUGACAAUAACAAUAAUUAAAUCAACUUUAUUCGUAUAUAAAAGUUAUUGAACUAAAAUAUACGUUUUUCUUAUUAAACUAAAUUUAUUUUUUAAAUUAUCAGUCAAACCAGUAAGCUUUAAACUCUUUAAAAGAAAAUAAGGACGGUACCAACAUUUUUUAAUUAAAUUAAACAAAAGGUAUAAAUACAAACUUUUACUGACUAUGUGAGAAUAUAAUUUUAGUACCGUUGUGAUAAGUCUGUUCAAUAUAUUUUUAUUGUUUAUUAUUUUUUUUUAUAUAUAUAUAUUUAUAUUAUAUAUAAUAUAUUAUCUUCUUUAUGAUAUUUUGUGUAUUUUAAACGUACGUUUACACAGUUUUGUUUGUAUGUUUUAUAAUAAGUUAGAUUUUUUUACUUUUACAUAAGUCAGUACACUUCAUAGUCGGCCAAUGUGUCACUUUGUAAGGUAACCUCAUGUUAAAUGAGGACCUGGCUCGUCCUUUGUUACCCAAAUGAUAAGCUGAUUUUGUGGUUAUUAAAUAAUUUUUUUUUUAUUAUUAGUUAGUCUAAUAUAAUAUUAAGUUGAUAUAGAUUGAAAACUUAAAUUAAAACAAACAAAAAAAAUUAAUAUUGUGUAAUGUAUUAAUCUGUACCUAUCACAUAUUUUUAAGAAUAUAUAUACAUUACAUAUAUUAUAUAUUAUAUAUUGUAUGCUUUUUUUUCCAAUAAAUAUGAAAAUAUUUA